GGUUAUACAAUUCUAGGUUGAAGGUCAGUAGAAGAGCGGGCAAAUUCUGCUCGUUAGCUUAGUGUUGAAAUCUCCGGUGGUCGUCUUGCUUGAAUCCCAUUCAAAAAAGUUAUUCAGUCUUUUUGACUAGGCAGCUUUUGACUCUAAACUAUGAGUAUCUUAGCACACAAUGGAUCUGCAGUCAUUGGAAUGUCCGGCAAAGAUUGCGCGGCUAUUGCUUGUGAUCUUCGGUUUGGGGUUAAUUUGCAAACAAUUUCCACUGACUUCACUAAAGUGUAUUCUCUUGGACCUCGGUUGUAUGUAGGGCUUCCUGGUUUGGCAACUGAUAAUCAGACAGUAUUCCAGCGUUUACAGUUCCGAAAAAAUAUGUAUGAGCUACGUGAAAAUAAGACGAUCAAACCGCAAACUAUAACUACCAUGUUAUCCAAUUUGCUGUAUGAGCGCAGGUUUGGCCCAUACUUUGUUGAGCCGGUAGUCGUUGGUAUUGAUCAUACUACAAACAAACCGUACGUCGCAUGCAUGGACCUAAUUGGCUGCGUAUGUGAGGCAAACGACUUUGUUGUCAGUGGCACCUGUACUGAACAAAUGUACGGCAUGUGUGAAACACUCUGGGAGGAAAAUAUGAAUUCGAAAGAGCUAUUUGAGUGUAUUUCACAAUGUAUCUUAAACGCCCUCAAUCGUGACGCCGUUUCGGGUUGGGGCGCCCGAGUUUAUUUAAUUUUAAAGAUUAAAAACACUAUACAGACGACCCUGAGCAACUUACCAGUCAGCUAAGUGUUUGGUUAUGUAACGAGUUAUGAUAAAAAGAAAUACACUUUGACGGAAAGUUCCCAUCUGAUGAGGAACGUUUACAUAUGGAGUUAUAUACAUUACUAUUGUAAACAAAGCUAAGUUGGAAAUUAGUAAUCGAGCUAGGAUUGAUAGGUAAAAGUUUGGAUUAGAAAUGAGGUUUGCGACGGUUAGGGUUAAGAGAGUUACUAUUUGGGAUUAAGGUCAGAGUGGAAGAUAUUUCUUAGCCUCACAAACGUCUCUAAAAUCAAACAGGCACUUAGGUUAGUAAUUUGUAUCUUCAUACACAGUAGAUCUGCAACCAAUGAUUUGAAUUGUACACACGUAUUUUCCGUGUAUGUCGGUUAGUCAGUCAGUCAGUCUCAACUUGGAACUUGGCACACAUAAACAUCAGUUUAAGUUGCUACACCACAUAAACCCCUGAGAAAUGAAAUUGUCAGGACAAAUCCCAAAGUAGUAGAGAGUGUAGCAGCAUUAGCGGCGAUGGAAAAGAUUAAGAGUCAAGAAUAAGAUUCGAGAAAAUACAAAUCAAUAAAAUAAAUUAAACAGGCAAAUAGGUCAUGAGCCAUUUCAAGCGGUUUCCAGUCAUGUACAACCUGGAACUUCGUAC